UAACGUGGUGACAUCACGGGGCCUGGCAGGCAAGAGGAAGCAGAAUAACAACAACGCCUGGGCGAGUGACAGUGACGGGCAAUCGAAGCAGUACAAUACAAGCCAACUUGUACAAUUUUUAGUUUCCCUCAAAUUGAAUACGGAAAGAUAACGUUAUUUAGUGUCUGAUAUUAUUUGAUCGAGACCCCCAGGAUGUCUUUGUUCGGAAAGUUGUUUGGUAGCGGAGGGAAAGCUGGAAAAUCCGCAAGCCCCCAAGAGGCGAUCCAGCGACUCCGGGACACCGAGGAGAUGUUGACGAAGAAGCAGGAAUUCUUGGAGAAAAAGAUAGACCAGGAGCUCAUGACCGCAAAGAAGAACGGCACAAAAAACAAACGAGCUGCCCUGCAGGCCUUGAAACGCAAGAAGCGGUACGAGAAGCAGCUGGCGCAGAUUGACGGGACGCUGUCCACCAUCGAGUUCCAGAGGGAGGCGCUAGAGAACGCCAACACUAACACCGAAGUGCUGAAGAACAUGGGCUUCGCUGCCAAGGCCAUGAAGGCCGCCCAUGAGAACAUGGACAUCGAUAAGGUCGACGACCUGAUGCAGGACAUCACCGAGCAGCAAGAGCUGGCUCAGGAGAUCUCAGACGCCAUCUCCAAACCCGUGGGCUUCGGGGAAGAGUUCGACGAGGAUGAACUUCUGGCGGAAUUGGAAGAGCUGGAACAGGAGGAACUGGACAAGAACCUGCUGGAAAUCGGCGGCUCAGAGAACGUACCGCUGCCCAACGUGCCGUCCUCAUCGCUACCCGCCAGACCUGGUGAGCGUCACUACCCCUGCUCCUGUACUCUCACCUGCUCGUACCCUAACCCUAACCCUAACCCUACCUGCCAGACCAGCAAAGAAAAAGGAGGAAGAGGACGAGGAUGACAUGAAGGAUCUGGAGGCGUGGGCCGAGGCCAUGUAGUCAUGGAAACGACGACCUCACCUGGAAACGCAAGGAAAGAACGGACUCUCUGGUUCAGUGCGGCUGAUUGGUUUUUUUUUUUUUUUUUGUCUUUUUUUUGGAGGAAUGCUAAAUUAAAAAGAAAAAAAAAAAAAACAGAAUACUCACGAACUCAUAGCUCUUCAUCUUGAAAAGCAGUAUAGUCGGCCAUUUGCAUUGUUAAAUUUAAAAAAAAAACUGAAAAAAGCCCUCGUCCCUUGGCAGGGACCCUGCAAAGCCGGGUCCUCUCUGCCCCAGUGUGUUUUCGUAUGAACAGCCACCCUUUUGAUAGGAAAGCCGCUAGCUGACGCUAGCGAACUGGCAGUAGUAUCAUUUGUGAAAGCAUAAGAGUGUAUUUUGCAGACAGUCAAGGAAAUUCAGAUAUAAUUACAGGCAGUUGCAUCUGGCAUUUUACGCAAUCCCAAACUUUAAUGAUAUUUAACAUGCAAAAUCUGAACAAUUGGCAUCUUUUAGCCACAAGCUGAUACUUACAAAUGGAUCCAAGAUGAAAGAAAGAUUUACUAAAAGGAAAUUUGUCAAUGUUUCUUUUUUUUUUUUAAACUGGCAACAUUUUCAUGAAUUUGUGGCAGAGACUGUGGGAUUUUACUGCUCUGAUGGUGAGCUGAAAAAAAUAAUAAAUCAUAAAUAUAAUCAUUCAAGCCAAAAAAAAAACGAAUUUUGGCCCCAUAUCUGUAAAGUACAAAUAUUUACCCAAACAUGAAUGCACAUUGGCUGUGGACGGAGGUAAAAUGCUCCAAUGGAAAUGUCUUUCUCACCCUACUGUGAAAUGUAGGCCUAUCUGCUGAAAGCUUCUUUUGCCAGUGAUUCAAAUUCUGGUCUUCAAGCAACACGAGGACACUAAUAGCAAGCAGGUUGGCUGUCCGUUGGCUGUAAAUGACUAAUCUGUUCUUUUUUUAUUUAACUGGCUCUGUGUGUGUGUGUGUGUGUGUGUGUGUGCGCGCGCGUGUGUGUGGGUGUGUGCGUGCACAUGCAAAUUCGUAGGCACUUAUGACAUUGUCCUUACAUUUGUGUGUGUUCUGAUGUCUGUGUGUGUGCACUUCAUUGUUGUGUGCUUGUGAGAGCAUUCACAGGUGUGCAGGUGCUUUUGAAUGUGUGUGAGUGUGUGUGUGUGUGUGCGUGUGUGCAUGUGUGUUUCAUUCUCUUCCUCCGUGAAAUGCAUCGAAGCUCUAAAAUGCAGUGGGUGGUUCUGUACCUGUGGGUGGGGUGAAUCUGAAAGCUGUCCCAGGGUGCAAUACUUUGUGCAUGCCAGUUUUGAUUUUAAAUUAUGCUCCUCAAUUGGUGAUUUUUUUUUUCUUUUCUCCCCUACAUUUUUGUAGUUCAUCCUGAUUCUUAAAGGUUGUUGUUUUCUAAUUUUCUAAUUUCCUCUCAAAAAUAUAUAAAGAUAUGUAUAUUCUGUUUGUAAAUCAUUUUCAGAGGUUUAGGAAGGUAUAAAAAUAAAAUAAAAUUAACAAAUGUAUGGCAACUGUAUAUUUAAAUGGACACGCGCUGAAAUACUUGAACUUAUGCAACGGUUUCUUUGCAUUCACUACUGUCAUUUUCAGUCUUUUUUCUCCUGAUCACGUAUCACUUCUUUUUUUUUUCUUUUCCUUGUUUUUCUGUCUUGUCCCUCCCCCCCCCCCAUCACCACCGGACCUUAUUCUAAUGGUACGCCUGAAUUAAACUUUUGCCAAAUGA